UACCCUGGCAACGGCGCCGCCGGCGCAACGCGGAGCCCGGGCCCGGCCGCAAGAUGAUGCUCUCUCGGGCCAAGCCGGCCGUGGGGGGUACCCCGCCGCCGGGAGACAGGCGGAGGAAGAAAGGGAAGGAGGUGCCGCAGUUGGAAGAACUCUUGGCUCAGAGGGACUUCACCGGCGCGAUCGCCUUGCUGGAGUUUAAGCAGCACGUGGCGGAGGAGGAGGAGGAGGAUGGCAGCCUUUGGAUUGGAUACUGUGCGUUUCAUUUGGGUGACUACAAGAGAGCUCUGGAGGAAUAUGAGGCUUUAACCAAGCAAGCAACUUGCAAACCAGAGGUUUGGGUGAACCUUGCCUGUACCUACUUCUUUCUGGGGAUGUACACGCAAGCAGAACAAGCAGCCUUGAAAGCACCUAAGAGUGGUCUCCAGAACCGUUUACUCUUUCACCUGGCACAUAAGUUCAGUGAUGAAAAGAAACUGAUGAGCUCUCACCAGAACCUGCAGGAUGUUACAGAAGAUCAGCUGAGCCUGGCAUCCAUCCACUACAUGCGGUCCCACUACCAAGAAGCCAUUGAUAUCUACAAGCGCAUUCUGCUGGACAAUCGGGAAUAUCUGGCUCUGAAUGUAUAUGUGGCCCUGUGCUAUUACAAACUGGAUUACUAUGAUGUCUCACAGGAAGUGCUAGCUGUUUAUCUUCAGCAAGUCCCUGACAGCACCAUUGCUCUUAACCUUAAGGCUUGUAACCAUUUCCGACUUUACAAUGGAAAGGCUGCAGAGGCAGAGCUCAAAAACUUGACAGACAGUGCCUCAUCAUCUUUUGAGUUUGGCAAGGAGCUCAUUAAGCACAAUCUGGUGGUUUUCCGAGGAGGAGAAGGGGCUUUGCAAGUCCUGCCUCCUCUGGUUGAUGUUAUUCCUGAGGCAAGACUGAAUCUUGUGAUUUACUAUCUCCAGCAAGAUGAUGUGCAGGAGGCUUAUAACCUGAUUAAGGACCUGGAACCUACAGCUCCACAGGAGUACAUCCUCAAAGGGGUGGUAAAUGCAGCACUUGGACAAGAAAUGGGUUCGAGAGAUCAUCUGAAAAUUGCUCAACAGUUCUUCCAGUUGGUGGGGGAAUCAGCCAGUGAAUGUGAUACCAUUCCAGGGAGACAGUGCAUGUCCUCCUGCUUCUUUCUUCUUAGACAAUUUCCUAAUGUCCUAAUUUACCUCAACUCAAUCAAGAGUUACUUCUACAACAAUGACACUUUUAACUUCAACUAUGCCCAAGCCAAAGCUGCAAUGGGCAAUUUUAGUGAAGCUGAAGAGGUGUUCCUUUUGAUCCAGAGUGAGAAGAUAAAAAGUGAUUUUGUUUACCUUAGCUGGCUGGCUCGCUGCUAUAUUAUGAAUAAGAAACCACAGCUAGCCUGGAAACUCUAUCUGAAGAUGGAAACAUCAGGGGACUCCUUUAAUCUAUUGCAGCUCAUUGCAAAUGAUUGUUACAAAAUGCGUCAGUUUUACUAUUCAGCCAAAGCCUUUGAUAUUCUGGAGAGACUGGAUAAUAAUCCUGAAUACUGGGAAGGCAAGAGAGGUGCUUGUGUGGGUAUAUUUCAAAUGAUCUUAGCUGGACGAGAAGCAAAAGAGACUUUGCGGGAAGUUCUGCAUCUUCUGAAGAGCACUGGUAAUUCUCAAGUAGAGUACAUUGUUCGCGUCAUGAAAAAGUGGGCCAAGGAGAACCGAGUCCCUGUUUGAGUCAGUGUCACAAAAUGAACCAGGUGGGUGGCACAGCUACAGGAAAUCAUGACUCAUAUUCUUGUGUGGCAUUCAUUGCUAUUGGGAGAAUAAAACCGGCAGACAACAAUGCAGAGAUAAGACAAUAACCUGACUCCAAAGUUUCAGACAGCCUGGUAAUCUUCGGCUGCCUCCAGGAGUGCUGGCCUGAUGGAACGGGCUUUUCAUCGGAGAUAAGCAUCCCAUGCUACAAAUAUCUUUAAAGAAAUAGUGCAAAUGAGGAACAAGUGAGGGACAACUCCGCAGAGCACAUAAUCCGUCUCAACUUCUGUAAACAUCUAGGUGUUUUUACACUUUCAAAUGAGCAGGUGUGAAUCAUAAAAGAGCUACCAUUAAAGAAGUCUAUGCUUUUCAAAGACAGCUCCUUUUCAGUUUUAAAUUCUGCUUAGGUACAGUUUAAGUGAUUGCCAUAAUCAACAUGUAACAGGCUGAUGCUCCUCAGUUUAAGUUUCUUUGUCAGUUCAUUGAAGUCUGCUGCCUUUCUAUAUGCUUGUAUUUUUAAGGAAAAAAGUGUGUAUGUGCCCACGCAUAUUACUGGGUACUCCUCUACAAAAUCCCUUCUGUGUUUAUUUCUGAUUAAUUUUCUUGCUCUUCUUUCUAUCUACAAAAAAAUAUCUAGGAUUUCAACUGAAAGGUUAUUUUAAAAACCUAUUGAAUUGUUCAGGUUGAAAAGUACAAGUUUAAGUUCAUUGAAUCCAACCAUUUGCUCAGCAGUUCCCUAGCCACCACUAAGCCAUGUCCCUAAAUGCCACAUCUACAUAGCCCUUAAAUACCCCCAGGGAGGGUAAGCCAGCCACUUCCCUGGGUGGCCUGUUCCAUUGCUUGACAACCCUUUUGAUUAAGAAAUUUUUCCUAAUAUCCAAUUGAAACCCUCUUUGGUGCAAUUCGAGGUCAACUUUUUCUUGUCCUAUUGCUUGUUAUUUUGGUAAUGCAGUGGCUUUAAUUUCUUGUGAUCACUUAGUAGGUAACUAAUUUUUUCCCCUGUUUUUUCUUCCUUAUUAGAAAAGUAAAGAAAAACCUGCAAAGAGGAAUUUCCUAGGGAUCCACUGCUUGGCAGAGAAAAUAUCUCUAGGGCUGACAUCCCCAUAUUAAUGUCAUUUAAGACAGAGUUCACACACCGCCUGGAAUCAUUACUACUAUAGAAGUUUACAGCUUACUUGUCAAACUCUACUAAGCUCACCCUUAGCACUAGGACAAAAGUUGCAUGCUUGCUCCAGCAAGAAAUCUUGACACCAGAAGCAGAAACAAUUAUUAACAAUUAAGUAAAAAAUAAGAUGUAACUAGAAAAGGGUUCUUAUAUUGUUAGUUACAAUUGAUUUUGCUACUGUUACCCAAAGGAACAACUGACCCAUAUUCUGCUUGGUAAAUGCACCUACUUAAGAGCUGAUGUUUAAUGUCUUAAUAUUUCAUCUUCUCUCCAGGCUCAAAAGAUGUUCCCACAAAAACUUCUCCAAGCAGCUUGCUCUUCCUUGGCAAGGAUGCAAUUCUUCUUUCCUUUUUCUCUUUCUGCUUUUUCUUCCUAACUUGCAACUCCAUCUAAAUAGAGCUCUUGAGGCUUUGAAUUUUCUCUGAAGUUUCUCUAAGUCAACAGUCUUAUCCUAUGUUUUAGCUUUAAAAAUGUUACAAUGUUCUGUAGGCCAUAAAAAUCACCAGUCAUUCAGAACUUGUGUCAGCUUUAAAUUUCUCAUUGAGAAAAUUCUUCUGAACAGCAGGGAUGAUAACACCCUCACCUUUGGUUGAGGAACUCACACUACCAUGACACAUCCCUUCCUUCCUGUAAAUCCCUUGACUUCUUUCACGUGAUGACUUGCCCUGAUUUCUAGCUUAAGUGAGAUAAAAGCCAGCAUUCUUUUUCCAUCAGCUACCUCUGAGAUACAGUCAUGCCAUUUAUGUUGUUCUGGCACAAAACAUGGUGUUGGAAGACCACUCCUCAUCUCAGCAAGUGAGCAAAAGAUGCACCUAAAUCCAGUUUUGGGGUAAAAGUGCUUCCAGUUAGAGGAGCAGUUAACUACUUGUUGAUAAAAAUUGUUACUAUUUUUAAAACUUCCUACUGCCAUUGAAACCUUGCACUUUUGGUCAGAUUUGUUCAAAGCAUUUCUUAAAGCUCUGGAGAGGAGUUCAGUGUCUCUUGGGCUCAAAUUCUCCAGUAAGUGGGGCUUGAGCAAUUCACAGGGAGCAAACAAAAACAUAUGGGAUAAAGUUCCUUAUCACAGUUCCUCUGCCUUGAAAUUGUGACAAAUUAAUAUUACUGCCCCAUCAAAGGAGAUCCUAAUUACCUGAAGCUAAUGCACACAGCCUUCCUAGAGUGAAUUUGGCAUUUCUCUUCCUGCCUACAGUCGUUCCAAACAGUUUACUUCACUGAAAAGUGUACUUCAGACUUCUCAAGGAUGUGGCAGAGCUGCUGAUAACAGCUCUUAAAUACACAUUCCUGAGGAAAGAAAGCUAGAGGUAUAUUCUUCUGGAAACAGUAUUUUUACUUAAAAGAAAAACAAUAAUAAAAAUAUGAGGGGGGGCAUCCUGCAGAUAAAUCAGUUUUCUGAAUGGUAUGAAAGGCAUUGGUGUUUCAUUCUGGAAAAAAAGCAAGUGGUUUAUUUCUUGAUUCUGGGUCUAGCAGAGAGCAACUUAGUAAAGCUGUAAGAGAAAAGAGAAAUUAAAAAAAAAACACACUUGCGUUUAGAAAUCCUCAUUAAACAGAAAACCAGCAACCAUAUUGUUGGUGCAGUGGAUUCUUGUGAUGCAGCAGCAGUUCUAGUAAAAGCUACAGAAACACCAACCUACCUGCAGGCUAUAUCAUCUCCUGACACAGAAAUAGAAGCUGCAGCUGCUGUGGCAGCAGUUCCAGUGAAAGGACCACAAGGAUCAACAAGCUGUGUGAUUGGACCAUAAGAAAUCAAGGAUAUAGUGAGGAAGCAGCUGAUAGUAAAUGAGGAUAUUCUCUCUGUCUUGGAGACUUUGGAGCAGUGGAGAUGUGACUACCACUGCUAUGAGCUGGCUGCCACUACAGCUGUUACCUCUAAUGCAGAUCCCAGUGCUGUCCUUAAGGAAAGGAGAGAACAAACUGCCAUCCCAUGCCACCUAAGCUUAUUAUGUAGUAAUAGCCUUUGAAACUGAAAACAAGCUCCUUGGAGACAGAUAUAAUUGAUGAUAAGGACAGCUCUGCUUUCUGGUGGGACCCUGGGCCUGCUGCUGCGGGGUGUCCCGCCCCGAGGAAGCCAGACAAUGGCUUCCAUGCGGUCCAGGAGAGCAGUGACCACUGGUCUGUAAUGAAACAAGGUACAGCUCUGUACAGCUAUCCACAACCAACACAGCCCAAAAACAUGAGAGUGCUGCAGACAGGGAAGCCAGUCCAAAGCAGAGCAGGAGGAUCCAACCUGCACCAAAGUAGAGGCCUCUGCAUUUUGCUGGUCUGUCUCUGUUGUUUUCUGUAUUUGAAACUAAGUCAGGUCAACAAACUGCUGCUCACUGAUGUGGCUGUAGCGUCUGUAGUUCCAAGCAUCCACUUUGUCUGAUCUACUCAUACUGGUUUUCACCAGUGAAAUAAAAAGCUGUUUCAGUAUCA